AUGACUUCUCUGAAUGACGAUCACCUUUCAGGCAUAACGCGUAAUUCAUCUGCUAUACUAUUCGCAACGGCAGAAUCAUCCAAGCGCCAGCCUGUCAAAAUGGGUGUAAAUGAAAAUACACCUUUACUCAUUGGUGAUUCAACUAGCAGAAAUGAUGGAAGUGAUGAUGGAUCAAGUAUCAACAAACCGCCCAAGAGGAAAACAUCGACGUCUACUUUGGCAUAUGCGGCAAAGUUGAAGCAGAGAUCAAAGUAUUAUGUACCGAUAACAGAUUGGUUACCUAAUUAUUCGUGGUCAUUGUUUUCUGGUGAUUUGAUAGCUGGAUUAUCGGUGGCUUGUCUACUUAUACCACAGUCCAUGUCAUACGCCAGUGGUCUAGCGGGAUUGAGCCCGUUGGCAGGUCUUUGGUCAACAGCCGUACCAGCUCUGGCGUAUAGUGCACUUGGUACAUGUCGUCAGCUAUCCAUAGGUCCAGAAGCUUCGUUGUCCCUCCUGAUGGGUCAGAUGAUACAAGAUGCUGUAUUCGGAGAUCCACAUCACAAGCCCAAGCAUCCAGAUUUAAAUGCUGCCGCUCUAUCGGUCAUGGCUACUUUCCAGAUCGGUCUGAUCACCAGUAUCCUUGGUUUGCUUCGUCUUGGUUUCUUGGAUGUUGUCCUGUCCAGAGCGCUUUUGCAUGGAUUUAUUACGGCUGUUGGUAUAAUCAUCUUCAUAGCUCAACUAGUUCCAAUGCUGGGAAUGGAACACGUCUUAUCCCAUCCUGAAAACGCCGAAGACGCACCUACCUUACCACUUCAGAAGCUCAUCUUCACUCUCAAACACCUCGAUCACGUGAACAAACCCACCAUGAUACUAAGUUUCACCUCGUUAGCUUUCCUUAUCGCUGCUAGAGUUAUAAAGCAGCAAGCCGUCAAGCGACCUGGUGGGACUUGGGUCAGGUAUAUUCCUGAGAUUUUGGUUUUAUGCGUAACUUCGACUGUACUUUCCGCCUUUCUGGAUUGGGAGAAAAAGGGGGUAGAUAUUCUAGGUCAGAUCAAAGGUGAAGCUGCUGUACCUUUCGGAUGGCCACUAAAUAAGAGGGCAAUGAAGUAUUUCAACUAUACGUUGCCUACCGCUUUCGUCUCCGCUGUUAUUGGUGUGGUGGACUCGAUCGUAGCUGCCAGGGAGAACGCUAUGAAAUAUGGAUAUGCGGUCAGCCCAAAUAGGGAGUUGGUAGCUCUAGGUGCUACCAAUCUCGCUUCUUCGUUUCUGACAGUUACUGGUUGUAUACCCAUUUUCGGAUCUAUCACUCGAUCGAGGUUGAAUGGUCAAACAGGUGGAAGAACCCAGAUGUCAAGUAUGGUAGCUAGUGCAGCAAUCAUCCUGUCUAUCUACUUCCUGUUACCAUACCUCUACUUCCUGCCAAAGGCUACGCUCGCAGUAAUCAUUACCCUUGUGGUAUACAGCAUCCUUGCUGAAGCACCUCAUGAGAUCCACUACUUCUAUAAGAUGAGAGCCUGGACGGACUUCAUGCAAAUGACCGGAACCUUUAUCCUGACAUUGUUCUUCUCUAUGGAAAUCGGUCUGGUAGCUUCAGUAGUCCUAUCUCUUAUCUUGGUAGUCCAGAAAUCCUCACAGCCCAGAAUCCAGAUUAUUGGUAGAUUACCCGGCUCCGACCAAUGGGCCCCGAUAGAUGAAGAUGAGAAUGCUCAAGAAGAGAUCCCGGGUGUUUUGGUAGUAAGAAUCAGGGAGAGUCUGAGUUUCGCCAAUACUGGUCAAUUGAAAGAACGUCUGAGAAGACUUGAGCUUUAUGGUCAUGGGAAAUCUCAUCCUUCCGACGAACCACGGAGAGAAUCUGCAAAAGCGCUGAUCAUGCAUAUGGGAGAGGUGCAGGAGAUCGACGCAUCGGCUAUUCAGAUUCUCUUUGAGCUCAGUAGAGCCUAUCACGAACGAGGUGUGGGGGUGCAUUUCGCCUCGAUCAAACCUGGUCAGAUCGAUAAAUUCAAAAUUGUAGGCAUGACUGAACUUCUCGGAGGCUCUCAUUUCCAUAACAACCUACAGGACGCAAUGAGGGAAGUCGAGUUGAUGGGAUACGGAACGAGCAUCUUUUCGAGAUUCUCCUAA